GACAGCCUGCAUUUGUCUGUCUGCAGCAGUUGCCAAAGAGAUCAGCCCCGACUUCUUGGCCUUGCCCCUGCCGCAGGGCCAGGGCCGACAUGUCUACGUCGGGGUUGGAGCAACUCCGAAUGAUAUGUCCUGGAUCCAGCAGCAAGAGAAGCACCUGGACGUGCGCUUCCUGCCAGUGAUGGUUCAGCCUCAUCCUGCAUGGGCGCUGCAACUUCGCCAGAUUGCAGAGGACACCGGAGGAGCCUUCUACCCCAAUGUCGCCUGGAUCCGGGACGGGAUGAGGAUGAGGCUCAACGUGGCCUCCCAUCCCAUCUUCAAGACCGGCUUGGACAGCGUCUUCCAUGUCCGUGGCCGACACGAUAC